AUGCCUUUAUGGAAAAUCAUUGAUGAAAGAUGGGACAAACAACUUCUCAACCCUUUGCAUGCGGCCGGCUAUUUCCUGAACCCUCAAUUUCACUAUUGUAUUGGAUUUAGAGAUGAUAAUAUAAUUAGGCGUGGUCUACAUCAUUGUAUAACAAGGAUGGCGGGCAGUCCGGAAGAAAGAGCUAAGAUUGAAAUUCAACUUGAUGAUUUCGAUAAGCGGGCAGAUCUUUUGGGUGAUCCUGUUGCUAUAAUGACAGCAGGUUACGAGAUCCCGUCAGUAUGGUGGGCUGAUUUUGGAGGCGGACUGCCGGAACUCCAAAGUAUUGCGCUUCGUGUAUUGAGUUUGACAUGCAGUUCUUAUGGAGCUGAGAGUAAUCAGAGUGCAUUCAAGAGAAGAAAUCUUUGGAGACAGGAGAGUGGUAAUGAUGAUGGAGAAGAAGAAGGUUUAGAUGCGGAUGACUUGGAAUAUGAUAUGAUUUCUGAUUUGCAUGGCGAAUAUGCUAACAGAGAUGAAGAUCAAAUAGAAGCUUAUUGGUGUUAA